UUUUAGAAAAAUGUGACCUGUAUUUGACUUGUAAUAUUUUGCUUUGUUCACAGAAAUUCAGGCUUUUUUCUACGACAGCAGGUGCAGACAAUAAGUCCCAAGAGAAAGAAAGUAUAAGUGUUACUUUUGUUGACAAAGAUGGAGAGGAAAGUCAAAUUAGGGUUCCUAUGGGGAUGUCCAUGUUAGAAGCUGCCCAUGAAAAUGGGAUAGAUCUAGAAGGAGCAUGUGAAGGAUCUCUAGCCUGUUCUACUUGUCACUUGAUUGUCAUGGAUGUAGAUUACUACAAUAAGUUAGAUGACCCAACAGACGAGGAGAAUGAUAUGUUGGAUCUGGCAUUUGGUCUUACAGAAACGUCUCGGCUGGGUUGUCAAGUGGUGGCAGCACCAGAGCUUGAUGGCAUACGUGUGGCCCUCCCUCCAGCCACAAGAAAUUUUGCAGUUGAUGGUUACAAGCCGAAGCCUCAUUAAUCAAUUAAUUAAUAAAAACAGACCUCUUCUUUUUUUUCUCUUAUUAUGUGUUGUGACCUACCUAACAAACAAGCAGCAGCAGCUGCUUCUUGUUUUGCAGAGGAUUAUUACCUAUUAUUUUGUUUUCAUUCCAGAAGGAAGCUGUCAAAUGGAAAUCUUAUUCCCCCAUCCAUCCUCCCACCCCAAUGAGAGAUUUUUGAUAAUUAUGUAUUCAUUCUGUAAUACAAUAAUGAUAAUAAUAAUAAUAAACUUAUAUUUGGAAGU